CUUACAUCCAAGGUUCGGAUGAAAAUAAAAAUAUGGAAGAAGAGUUAGUUGAAUAGAGCAUGAGAAAUGUAGCAAUAAUUGUCUUUGUUUACAAUUUACGACCGAACACUGGUGCUCAGUUUACUUCAGAUCUAUUGAUUAUUGUUUGAAAAUGGCAUCUCUACUUUCACCAUGGUGACAUAGGGGAUUUAAGCACCAAUAUUCUACAAAUUACAGAAUGUAGUUGGUCAAAUUUCAAGAUGACCACCACCAAGUGAAAGGGACAGUUGUGUGUAUGUGUGCAUUAUAUCAAGCACACUAAAAGCUCUUCAACUCAAAGCAAGUUAGUAAAGGGCACCACGCAGGUAUGAUCAAAUUGUAAUCAUGCUUCAGUGAAUUGGAUAGAAAAGUUUGGCAUGAAAUUCAGAGGAAAAUUAAAACUUGCCCAAGCUUGGUGACGAUGUAGAGAGUGAUGUGUCUUGUUUGGAUCGGAUUGAAAUGGUGAAGCCAGCCAUGAGUGUCCGCAACCCGGGCCUGGUGCUGCUGCUGCUGACGGCAGUGUUGCAGCUGAUGCAGGACUCGGAGUGUAACUUACUGGAGAAGGUCACCCAGGCCUCCAUCAAGUGUAACAUGUCAUCCUCCAUGCCGCUUCACAGAGUACAUGCAGAGUUCAGCAGUGCUAUUGUUGAUAAUGAAUACAUUGUAUCUUUCAAUGGGUACUUCAAGAGCUCUGCCAGGAGAAGGUUUAUAACAGCCGCUCUUCAAGAAUCUGGAAUAUCAUCAUGGAAGAUAAUUCCUCGCAUCAAUCCAGCGAAUGAACAUCCCAGUGAUUUUGAUGUUGUCAUGCUGAAAGACCAGAACGGAGAAGGUGUUGAAGCCUUGACAGACCACCCACUUGUUAAAACUGUCACGCCUCACAAGAAAGUCACGCGCACACUUAAGUUUCUUCCAGUUGAGGACGAUGGGCACAGUGCCAGUGCAGCAGAGCCGAAGCCGGGCUCCCCGUGUAAUGGCAGCAGGAAGGGUCAGGACAAAAAGGACUGGUCCCAGUCCUUCCACUCCUCUCGGCCACACAACAGGAAGAGCUUGUCACUGGGUGCAGCAUAUUGGCAUGGGCCAACACGGCACAGGUCGAGGAACUUGAUGAGAUCGGUGCCAAAGCAGAUUGUAAGUGCUCUCCAGUCCGAGAUUCUGUGGAACAUGGGAUUCACUGGCGCCGGCGUCAGGGUUGCUAUAUUUGACACUGGUUUGGCAUCAGAUCAUCCUCACUUUAAAAAAGGGAAGGUCAAGGACAGAUCAAACUGGACAAAUGAGAAGACUUUAGAUGAUGGCCUAGGACAUGGAACGUUUGUGGCGGGUGUUAUUGCCAGCUCUCAGGAAUGUCUUGGCUUCGCUCCAGAUGCAGAUAUCUACGUUUUCAGAGUUUUUACUAAUAAUCAGGUCUCGUACACCUCAUGGUUUCUGGAUGCCUUUAACUAUGCCAUACUGAAGAAGAUCAACGUCCUGAAUCUCAGCAUCGGCGGACCAGACUUCAUGGAUCAUCCCUUUGUUGACAAGGUGUGGGAGCUGACGGCAAACAAAGUCAUCAUGGUAUCAGCUAUAGGAAAUGACGGCCCCCUGUAUGGAACGUUGAACAACCCGGCUGACCAGAUGGAUGUGAUCGGUGUAGGGGGUAUCAACUUCGACCACCAGAUUGCACGCUUCUCAUCCCGCGGCAUGACCACAUGGGAACUCCCUGCUGGCUAUGGGCGCAUGAAGCCUGAUAUUGUCACCUAUGGAUCGGCCGUGCGGGGAUCAGCUCUCAAGGGCGGAUGUAGAUCUCUGUCUGGGACAAGUGUGGCGUCACCUGUUGUAGCAGGGGCAGUAACUCUUCUUGCCAGCGCUGUCCUGGACCGGGCAGAUGUUGUCAACCCAGCCAGCAUGAAGCAGGCCCUGAUGGCUUCUGCUCGGAGACUGCCUGAUUUCAACAUGUUUGAGCAGGGCUAUGGCAAACUGGAUCUCCUCCGAGCCUACCAAACCCUCACCACCUACAAACCACAGGCCAGUUUGAGUCCGAGCUACAUCGACCUGACGGAGUGCCCCUACAUGUGGCCCUACUGUACACAGCCCAUCUACUAUGGGGGCAUGCCGGUCAUUGUCAACGUGACAAUCUUGAAUGGAAUGGGAGUUUCAGGAAAGAUUAUUGAUAAGCCUAAGUGGGAACCGUAUACGCCUCAGUUUGGCAGCCACAUCGAAGUGGCGUUCUCCUACUCGCCUGUGCUGUGGCCGUGGUCAGGGUUCCUUGCCGUGUCUGUAACUGUGUCCAAGAAUGCAGCAACGUGGGAAGGCAUUGCGCAGGGACAGAUAACUCUUACAGUGGAGUCGCCUGCCGAGAGUGAAGAAAAAGAUGUGAGACAAUCUACUGUAAAACUCCCAAUCAGGGUUAAAAUCAUUCCAACUCCCCCACGAAGUAAACGUAUUCUGUGGGAUCAGUACCACAAUCUCCGCUAUCCUCCGGGCUACUUCCCUCGAGACAAUCUCAGGAUGAAGAACGAUCCUCUCGACUGGAAUGGGGAUCACAUUCACACCAACUUCAAGGAUAUGUACCAGCAUCUCAGGAGCAGUGGAUACUUUGUAGAGGUUCUUGGUUCUCCAUUUACAUGCUUUGAUGCUAGUCAGUAUGGAACUCUGUUGAUUGUUGAUGCUGAGGAGGAGUAUUUCCCAGAAGAGGUGACCAAGUUGAAGCGGGACAUCGAUCAAGGGCUGUCUGUCAUCGUGUUUGCCGACUGGUAUAAUGUCUCCGUCAUGAAGAAGGUUAAGUUCUACGAUGAAAAUACCAGACAGUGGUGGAUGCCAGACACUGGUGGAGCUAAUAUUCCAGCCAUUAACGACCUCCUGUCACCCCUUGGAAUGGCAUUCAGUGAUCAAGUGUACGAAGGAGAUUUUACAGUAGGAGAUCACGACAUGUACUACGCGUCGGGCACCAGUAUAGCCAAAUUCCCUGAGGAAGGGGUUCUAGUUCUCCAGUCUUUGAAAAAUCAAGGUUACGAGGUGUUGAAGGGAGACACCAAGAUGACGGACAGUGUGCCGGUGCUGGGGCUACAUCAGACAAAGAUUCCUGCAGGGAGCGGAGGCCGGGUGGUGCUGUAUGGAGACUCCAACUGCCUGGAUACAAGCCACAUGCAGAAAGACUGUUUCUGGAUGCUGAGUGCCCUGCUGGAGUAUACAGCCUACAACACGUUGCUGCCAAUCUUCUCCAACCAGGAGAAGGUCUCUUUGUCCGUGGCUAUUGAUCUUCCAGAGAGGAUGGAAGGGAAUCAUCUACACCGGUACUCCAAGGUGCUGGAGGGACACCUGGGUACUGCUCGUCAUCGUCCCCUGCCAACAUGUCCACAUCUUGUGUGGGCUCAACCUCAUCCGCUCAAUAAGUCAGCACCAUCGAACCUAUAUCAACAUCAGAAACUGAUGUUCAUUGAGCUUGAACCCCCUCUGCCCCCAGUGAAGGGGAAAGACAAUCUACUGAACCCGAUCUCGGGGAUUAAAGACAAACCCGGGCUUAUAGCGGACCCCCAGUAUGGAGGACCGCAUGUUGUACAGGACACAUCUAAUGUGUUCCCAGUAUUAGCUUUUCUCAGCACUGGACUUGUAGUGCUCUUCUUGUUGAAUCAAUAUUACCGAAGUCGCUCCCGGCCGAAACGGAAGCGUCCUCGACCUCGCAAGCUGCAGCAGCUUAUAUAUGGAGCUAAAGUGCCAGGAGUAUGAUGAAGUAAGGGGUGUGUCAAAAGCUUGCAUCAAAUUUUUUCGUGGGAAUUUUGGAGCGACAAUCUCCAAUGGCACUUGGUGGAAAAGAUGAGUACAAAAUAUGCUCCCUCCUUCAAAAGUAAAAUGCGAACUUUUGACAUGACCCCUACAGCCCUGUGCCAGAGGUUGACAUGGAAACUAUGUUGUUAUUGUUGGAUGAAUUCACAGGAAUGCCAGAACAGUGGAACUAGUUCCUUCUCACAUGGGUGAAGUAACAGACACAAUUUGACAAAUCAAACCUUUUCUGAACCUCCCUGUUGCUGCCAUGUUGUACUGCCAUCACCUGUGUUCCUGGCUGCAGACUUAACUUUCAGCACUAACAAAGGACGUCUUGUUGGAUGUGGCUUGUUUCUCCUUGUGCUGGGAAGGUCCGAUUCAGAAGAGGUAAAAUGAUCAUUGUGUGAUAGGCAGGAUGGCAUUUGUGUCAUGGCAAGAUCACAUUUGUGUCAUAGCAAGGGUAAGGAUUAUAUUUUUGAGUUCUUGGAUUACAUGGUAAGCUCUUUGCAAUAUGGCAAAAUCAUCCUUUGAACAUGGUGGAGUGCAUUUUGUAGUGUUGGCAUUAUCUUAUUUGAUACAGAGUGUGGUUUAUGGUGUGGGAAAAUGAUAGCGUGAAAGUUUCGUCUACAAGACACUGAGGGCACAGAAAACUGGCUGCAUUGAGGACAUCACUCCGCUAAACAUUCACACAUUGUUGAUAGCAAUAUUUUUUAAAUGCUAUGUUUUGGAUUGUAUGGGAGUUAUAUCCUAUAGUACAGGAUAUGACUGCGGUCAGUUCCUGUGGCUUGGGGUUCCAUGACCAGCCAUGAGAUCCUACUCAUCGUCAUCUAAGUGUCAAGGCAGAAGAGGCGAGCAAGUCACUGUUGCUGAUGGUUAAGUAAUCCUGCUAUUGAAGGUUAUCCUGACCUGGCCGGAAGACAUCAGAAUCCGGUGAACAUCGAAACUCUCAGUGACUGCUGUUUCAUGUUGUCGAAGGUCACAUUUUGAAAAGCUUUAUGCCUGCUUGCAUCAUCAUAAGAUCCCAUUUAGAUCAUGUAGUGUUGAUACAAAUAAACAGGCCAUUUUCAGAGGAACUAGGACACACAGACAUGCAGGAACUUCAGCCAAGUGUUUGGACUCAAGUCACAGGUAGUUAGAUUGAGUUGUGUUGAAUACAAAACGUGAUGUGUGCCUCCAAAGAUGAAUAAUUGAACUGUUGUCAUUGGAGCUUGGAUGAAUAGGGAACCCCAUCACUGGACACAUUGUGAGACCAUCAACUUACCCUGUGUUUGUGUAUGCAAUAAGUAUUGUAUUCAAUCAUGUGCACAAGACGUUUCUGACAAGGUAUGAGGUGACGACAGUGUCACAGCUAUUACAAAUGUGAUAUCUUAUUUAUAGGUGUUGUGUACGGCAACAUGUAUUGUACAUAGUCCACAUGGGAUAGCAAGACAAACAUAGAAUUCAUGUUCAUGUGAUCGUGUGUUGUGGAUGUUGUGGGGAAUAUGGUGACAAUUUAAUACCUUAGUGAGAUUAUGGCUUGCGAUUUUAGUUUGAAAAUUUGAAUGUGAUUUUCAGUUAGUACAGGGUCAUUAAACCAUUCUCGUUUUAUUGCUGCUAAUGUGGGACGUAUAGAGGAGAAUGGAGAUAUUGCCAUUAUGCUGUGUACAGAGACAGGAACUGUUUUGCCCAUUGGUUCAUUGAAUAAGUUACUUAACACAUAUUUUACUGUUCAUGGGGACACUUGUUAGGAUUUUUGAAGAAAAAGAAAGAGAUCCUUUUGAGAAAUAUUAUGUUGUCAGUUGCUGAGAUUUUAACAUCUAAAUGAUAGUCUCUGACCCUAACCAAAAUGGCUACUUAGUGUUUCUAUUUUUAACUCUUGAACCAAGUAAUUCAGAUUAAGCGGAACUAGAAAAGUGUUUUUGGUGUUAACAUUAUAUAUUUCUGUUCUUAAAAUACUGAUUAAUAUUUUGCACAUUGUGUUAGCUAACCUUGACAUGGUCAAUGCAAGCUCAUGUCAUGGGGGGUGCGGUCGGGUAGCCUAGUGGUUAAGCGUUCGCUCGUCACGCCAAAGACCCUGGUUCGAAUCCCGACAUGGGUACAAUGUGUGAAGCCCAUUUCUGGUGUCCCCCGCCGUGAUAUUGCUGGAAUAUUGCUAAAAGCGGCGUAAAAUCAAACUCACUCACUCACUCACUCACUCAUGUCAUGGGCUUCGUCAGUCAUCAGUCUGUCCAUCAAGGUAUUAACGCUGACCUUUAAGAAACUGAAUAUCAUCUUUUCAGAAAAUGUUCUACAUAUUGUGAGGAUUCAUUUUGGUUACUGAGUGAUAAUUUCAACUCCAUCAAUUUAGGCCUCCUAACACGUCAAUAUUAUAUACCAAAAAAUUAAGUUUAAUAGUCUAAUCGUACGAUAUGACAAUAUUCAUCAUUAAAUCAAUAGUAAUAUAUGAAACAGGUGAGACUACAAUUUGUGUCAUGUAAAGUUUCUGUCAGUCUAAAAAGGUUUACGAAUUGGAUGUCCAAUUUCAUAAUGUGCUUUUGAUUGGACUAUGCAUAGACUCAUUAGUUCUGCCAAAAUAUGACUUCAGAAUUCUAGCCCGGUUGGGCAAGAAUUGAAACUGAACACUUAUAGUCAGUUAACUCCCUUGCCUUAGGAAGAUAAGCAGCGUUCUUCCCUAUCAGAACAUAGCUGCAAUACUGGUAUAAGCAUCCUGACAACCCUGUUGUACAGCGAACAUCUUCCUGGGGAGAAUCAUCUUGGUUCAUUGUGCUGUAUGAAUGUUGAGAACAUGUUCAUUGCAUAUUUAUUGAAAUAAGAUACACAACUGAGGGUAGUUUCAUGUUUUUUUGCAAUAAUUUAUUCUUUCCAGUGUGUUGAAUAUUUUGUGCCUAAGUGAUUGAAACAGAUUUCCUAGUUGACCAUGUUGAACAGUUUGUAUUUGCACAUCGGUAACUAACAUUUCUUCUUGAAAUAUUUUGACCUGGUUGUUUCCUUUGGGCAAGAAACUUAAGAUUGGCCAGUGGUAUGCUUUGGCCAGACACUCUUUUCUUGUCUGAAUGUUUCAUAUUAAAAAAAAAUAAUAACCAGUGCUAUGUUUUGAUUGAAAAUGUGGUUUGUUUUUCUUUCCAUUUUUGUUAUAACAUGUAUUUUUAGAUUUUGGGGGAAUAUAACCCUAACAUCACAACAAGUUACAUCUGCAUCUUGCAUCCAAGAAACUAAGAAAACAGGGGAAAGAUUUCUGUCCUGCCUGACAUAUUUAAUUAAAAGUGUUAAUCUAUCGGAGCAAUAGUAGGUUUAAGAGGUUUCAUUUUAAAAAAGAUCUUCUCUGAGAAAAUGUCUUGAGUGUUUGUUAUUACGGACAUGAAACUGGUCACGCCAGAUGCAUGACGUCAGUGUGAGCUGUGUCCAGUUAAAGUAUGCCGAUAAUGUGUUUUGCUGCUCAUUGGUGUAUUCCAAGAUCUUAUAUAAGCAGGCUUUGGUUAUGUAUUUAAGAAAUGGAAAGGUCAAAAUAAACCCAAUUCUGAAAUUUACGAUUUUUGUGAAAUAGAGCAAUGAGACUAUUGCUUAUAUUGGCAUGCUUUAGACCUCUGUUUGUGGCCUGUACUUUUUUUUAUAAACUACUGAUAUAAUAUUUACACAUUUGUGUGACGUUAUUAACAUAAUUAUUGAAUGAAUACUAAUAUUUGAAGUUUAGAGAUGUGACCGGUAACUGAGUUUCUUCCCGAGGGGUCGUCUUUUGAUAUUCUGGGGCGACACCUGGGAUGGAUAGGUUUAGGUCACUGGUUCAAAACAUGCAGUUUAGUCCUGUAAAGAUAAGCCUUAGGAUUUAAAUUCUUUUCACAAGCAAUUUUUUUUACAGGAUAUUCAUGUCCAGCGAUAAAACCUGAGGAAAUUUUUUUCUGCUAAAGUUAUGUUUUUCUGGUAGAAAUUAUUAUUUAUUUAUUUUUCAAACUCCCAGGUCCCACCCCUCUCCUGUAUGAUGAGUACUAUUGCAUGAGUGGAAGUUUUACUGCAGACAAUAAAACACAUUCAGGCAACACAAGGCCACAACAAAUGAAUUAUGAUGUUCCGAAUCUAUUAAUCUCCUUUAAUCAGUUAAUGUGCAGAGAAGAUUUUAUGGAUUUUUUGUCCUCGAAAACAAAUGUCAUUUGAAAAAAACAGAUGUUCCCUUAUCCCUUUGCUAACUUAAGGAAAAUAGUAUCAUUAGAAUACAAUGUUAAAAUGAAUUUGUUGUGGCCUGAUUGUUCUGUGCUGCUUUGAAACAAUGCUACCACAGUAUUUUUUACAGGAAUUGCUUGUAAGAAGAUAUUUCUUGAUGUAUGAUAAGUGUUAAUGGAAAAACAUGGAAUAUGAUACAAAGAAAAUAACAGGUUUCCUAAACAUUAUGAGAAAUGAUUGUAUCUUUCUAUGCUUUAAGGACCAUGCUUGUAUAGUCCUCAGAAGUGUCCAUGUCCAUGCAAGAUGUAGGUUCUCUAUAUCACAUUCUAGUUUAAUUUUGCAUUUUAUUAAUUUUGUAUAUGUGUACACAUUUGUUACCCUCUUUUUGGGGCAUAUUUUAAGUUACAAAGUAAGUAUUUGUCUUUACAACAAUGUCAGAAUUUUUUAUGAAACAAAAUAAUAAUGAUUUUAUCUGAUAGGAGAUUAUGACAUUUUUGUUCUUUCUCAUGAAUAAUAUAUUCAAUUGGUGAAUAUUAGAAAGUAAUUACUUGAUAUAUGAUAUUCUUUAAAUAUGAAUCAGUGCAGAAAAUGAAAUUUUGUAUAUUAAUGUAUGUCCCUUUCUAUGAUGUAAUAAUAGAGGAUGGUUUAUUUCUGCAAGAAGACAAUCAGUUCAUGUAAUAUGUGAUGCUUACCUACCAUUGACAAUACCUACUUUGACAAUGCACUAGAGGUGUACUGUCAUUUUUUUAUAUUUUCAGUAAGACAUAACUCAAAGGAAAAAGUACCUUAUAUAUAUUGAAUUUUUUAUCAAAUUCAAAAUGUCAAACUCUUUACACAAUUUUUGUUGAGGUGUCCCAUUAUUUUCAUUUAAAAAAUGCAGCAGCUGAAAAGUGAAAGAAACUUUGAGGUGUGGCUGUCUUGUUUAACCUAGCAGUAAUCUAUUCUUGUCUGUCUUGGCAAGAGGUUUGUUGUGUAGAACAAUCUGUAAAGCUACAUUGUACAUAUCAUUAUUAUUGAUAAUAAUUCAGUUAAUGGUACACAAAUUCUUUUGCCUCUAUAAGGAUGCAAACAGUCAUUGGAUUUAGGGGGCACGGGGCCAAGAUCGUCUUGGUGCUGCAAUUCGCUAUGCAGAGUUGCGUCCCUUGGGCACACCAGAAUCCUAUGAUCGUGGGUUUGAUUCCUGGUUAUGUUUCUAGGUUUUUCAGCACCAUACCCAUGCAUCAACUCGGGCUUUCCUCCCACAUUAAGCUGACACGCCUUGAUAUAACUGGAAUAUUGUUCAAAGUGGCGUUAACCAAACUCACUCACUCAUUGGGCUUAAUCCCUGUAGACUUCAGAAAAUAAACAGUUGAUAUAUUUCACCUAUAUUAUAUGGGGCAUUAAAAGUAAUAUGUCCUUAUCACUUUGUAUUGUCUAGAGACAGGUUACUAAAAUGUUUUUAGCUGUUAGAGUUUACAAUGUUUAAGUAUCCCCAGACUGCUGUGUGACAAAGUAAGAUGAAUGAAUAUGUUGAUGAAAUUGUAUUAUGUGUGAAGUCUAUUUGAACAAAUGAACAUGUGAGAAUGUUUAUACCAAGGGUCAAAAUAAACUGGAUCAGCUGAA